GGCUCAUUGUGUGCUCAGCACUGUCUGAAUAAUUUGCUACAAGGGGAAUAUUUUAGUCCUGUUGAGUUAUCCUCUAUCGCACAGCAGUUGGAUGAGGAAGAAAGAAUGAGAAUGGCAGAGGGAGGAGUGUCUAGUGAAGAAUAUAGAACGUUUUUACAGCAGCCUUCUGUAAAUAUGGAUGAUAGUGGAUUCUUCUCAAUUCAAGUUAUAAGCAAUGCCUUGAAAGUUUGGGGUUUAGAACUAAUCCUCUUCAACAGUCCAGAGUAUCAGAGGCUUGGGAUCGACCCUAUAAAUGAAAAAUCAUUUAUUUGUAAUUAUAAGGAGCACUGGUUUACAGUUCGAAAGUUAGGAAAACAGUGGUUUAACUUGAACUCUCUCUUGAUGGGUCCAGAACUAAUAUCAGAUACAUAUCUUGCACUUUUCUUGGCUCAAUUACAACAGGAAGGUUAUUCCAUAUUUGUAGUAAAAGGUGACCUGCCAGACUGUGAGGCUGAUCAGCUAUUGCAGAUGAUUCGGGUACAGCAGAUGCAGCGACCAAAACUAAUUGGAGAAGAGACGGCACAGUCAAGAGAUCAGAGGCUACCCAGAAGUGAUAUGGACCAAGCAAUAGAAGUUAACCAUCCUUUUGAUGGAACAGGCAUGUUAGAUGAAGAUGAAGAGAAUUUUCAGAGAGCCCUGGCUCUAAGUAGGCAGGAAAUUGAUAUGGAAGAUGAAGAAGCUGAUCUUCGCAGAGCCAUUCAACUCAGCAUGCAAGGUAGUCGUCGAAGUGAGUUCUCGGACUCAUUACCACAGAAUGUUCCUCAGUCACCUCACACCAGUCAGACAGACUCCCUUUCUUCAGAAGAACUGCGAAAGAGAAGACAAGCAUAUUUUGAAAAGCAGCAACAACAGCAAGAUCGGACCCCAAACCUGCAUGAUAAGCCAACUCUAAGCUCAAGCACUCCAGAAGCUGACCCAGGAGGUGAUAUGAGUGAAGAAGACAUGCUUCAAGCAGCCAUGAAUAUGUCUCUGGAAUCUGUUAGAAACCACUUGAACGCAGAAGAGGAGAAAUGACAUAACUUUUCUUCCCUCUUAUUGUCAAAACACUAAGUCUCCAUUAUAAUUUUACUGUGUGGGUGUUGCACAAGCAGGGUUCAUUUCAGAGUUCUGGAAGCAGGAAUGAAAGGGGGGCUGGAGGUCAGAGUUUAGAGGGAAUCUGCAAAUAUAAAAAAGAUUGCACUAAUUUAGAAAACUGUAGUACUCCUUCUACAGAAUAUCUGUUCACAAGAGUAGCUGUAUUAAAAUUACUUAAACUAUUCACAUGAACAAAGUUAGAUGUGUAGCAGCUGUAACUUGCAUUUAAAAAGCAAGUUUAAAUUGUUUUGAAGAAUUCUAUAGAAAAUACAAAAGGUGCUGAAAACCAGCAUCAACUGAUUUGCUUCAGUGCUAAUGGGAAAAUAGAUACAAGUAAUAAGUUGUGCUCAUAAAUGACUAAGUUCUUUCUAAGAAAUCACUUUUCUGUUUGUCUUAGAUAAUUUAUUUUGUGACUGUUUAUUCUGAAUGACUUAAUGUCAACUUUUCGAUCCUGCUGUCCACUUUUGAAAUGACCCAUUCUGCAGGAGAAGCAUGAAUCCAUAAAUUUCAUACUUUGCAAUUCAAGAGAAAAUCUUCAGUGUAUUGUUUAUUAUGAUGUUACUCCUGAAUCUUUCAGUGACUUUGACCUUAUAACACUUUCUGGUUUUACUUUCAGUUCCAACUGUAAAAUCUUCAGAUCCAUGUUUAAAGUAGGAUUUUUGCAUUGCCCUAUUGUCUUUUGGCAGACAACUUGGUUUUUUUAUUUGUUUUUGUUUUCUUAUGCUCUUUCUAAUUAUGCCACUGUCUUUACUAUAAAAGUAGCAUAUAAUCAGUUGGGUUAAACAGGUUUUCUUUUCUACCUCUACUGGAGUCUUUUUUCCUCUUCAAGCUCAACCCUUCAUUCUGGCCUUUCAGUAUGAAAGAGCUGUAACUGAGUCUAGGAGAAAGGAGGAGGGGGAUUUAGGUGCCAUAAAUCAGUGCCACACACAUAAGGUGCAUUCCUGCAGUCUGAAAUGACCCCUGUGCAAGUAGCUCUUUUAAGAAUGAGUAUUUAUGUCUGUGUGGAUGUUCUUUCUGAAAUGCUUUUUAUGAGUGUCUGUCAGAAUGUUGCAGCUUUUUCAGGAAUGGCCUUUAUUCACGCACCUUACAAUUUUUUAUCAUGCUGUUUCUGAUCCUGAGAAAAAUUGGGGAACAAAGUAUGUGAGAUGUCUUACAACCAAUAGCAUAAGCUAUUUGCUUUGAUAUUCAGGAUGAAUGUGUAACAGGGUGACCAAACCUGACUUUCAACUUCAGUACAACAAUUGAUAUGUUUCAUUUUCCUAAAUGGUGCUUGGAAAUACAAAUUCUGUUUACAUAUAAAUUAUAUGGAAAUAUGUUGUAGAUAGAGUAUGUAAGCUGUAGUCCACUUAAUGCAUUAACAGUUGGCACAGGUAUUCUAAGAACCCUUUGAAGAUAACCCCAAAUUUCUUUAUCAAAAUAUUCUAAAGUUAUAUCAUUGCACAAUAGUAAUAUCUAGUUAAAAUUAGUAUGAAAUGAAUGGUAGCUAGAUGGAAAUACACAUUCAGCAUCAAGUAGUACUGUACAUGAAAGGGCUCUUACCUCUCAGUAAAGAUUUGUUUACAGCAAUGGUUUCUUGAUAGCUUAGGAUAUUAUUAUAUUAUACAUAAUUGGGCUAAAUUCUGUUUUCCUUACCUGUGUGCUGAACUUCCACUAAUGUCACCAGAACCACUGGUAUGUGUAAGACAAUAUGGAUUUUGACAUGAGACAGCACUACUUUUAAGAAGCGGAUUUUAAAUUUUGUCUUUUUUAAAUAAUCCUGUCAUGCACAUUAUAAUUAAUAUCUGCAGUGUCUCAAUACAGCUAAACAAUGGCUUUAAAAGUCCAUGUGUGCGCAUGCCAUUUUGAAAUGCUAUAUUUUUCAGGAUGUAAAUUUCUGCUUUCAGUUUAAAACUUAUAUGAAACUGAAAACAGGAAUCUCUAAAGCACUGAAUUAUUUCUUUGCUUGUCUGUAAAUUAUCCACAGCUUUAAUUUCCCUUCUUUUGUUGUGCCAUAAACUGAUUCUGAAAUAAGACUCUCAUUUUUAUAAAUAGGUAUAGGCUGGCAAUUUGAUACCAGUACUUGGAACUUGGACCUUUUAUCCUCUAUUAUAAGAAUAUAAUAAAAAUGUAUUCUUUCUAUAGCUAUAUAGUGUAGUAGCCCUAUAGUAAACAAAAAAAAAGCCCCUUGAAUUGACUUAACUGUAACCUGUGACAAUUACAUCUUUUUAUAAUUGCUAAAGCAUAGAGGUUUGCGUUUGAACUUUCAUGUCACUUUGUAAGUUACUUCAUCACACAAGUGUUUUAAUAUGUAAGGAAUAUAAAGUAACAGUGCCUGAAAAGCACAACUGUGUCAGUCAUUACAGGGCUAACCAUAUUCCUUUCUGUGUAGCAACAUUGUCACUCUAGAAAUACCAGUCUGAUUUUCAGAGGAGUGUCAAGUUUAAUGAAGUAGGCGUAUCUGCCUAGUCAAGCAGUUAAGAGGUAGCAAUUUAAGCUAUGUAUGUUAAUUGCACCAAAGGGAAAGACUAAUGCUAAUUGCUGACAGUACAUAUUUUAUACCCCAGACCUAAAGUUCAAAAUGUGUGGACCUGCCAAGAAGCUGUCAAUAAAAAACCGAUCGCAUUUUUUGGUGUGCGUUCUUUCAGUGAUAAACAGUUCUCAAUAUGGCUGAACUAUGCUCAUAAGGUGUUUACUAAUUUAGAGCCUAUUCUUAGUGUUAUCUAUUCUGUCAACCUGAAGGGUUUUUUUUUCCCCAUGUUGUAGCUUUAGGCCAAAGUCCAUUGUAAAGGAGCAGAUUUUUUUUUAUUGCAGUAUGAGGUUUGAAGGAAUUUCAGUCUUCAUUCAUCCAACAGAUUUUUACUGUCUUCCUCACAGUGAACGGUCCAUGUGACGUCAUUUGUGUUUUUCUGCCUAUAAAAAUCAAAGGGGUAGGGGGAAUGAGUGAUACUUACAUUAAAUAUCUUCCAAAAUUAGUUUUGUAAGUAUAAUUCUGUAAACUGCUUUCAUGGUCUUGUAAUGAGGGCAGAAGGAAAAAGUGUUGUAAUGCAGUCAUGCUUGAAUGCAAUUCUUGUUAGGCACAGCAGGUAUAAAUAUGAGCUGUUUAAAUGCUCCCAUUUUUCUGGGCUUGAAACUAAUCUGAUACAAUACUGGCUUACUCUCCAACAUUUGGGCUCCUUGUGCCUGUCAAACGACUUCAGCAAGUGUAAAUGUAAUUUUCAGCUAAGGUACUCUUACUAUUUUUCAUACUUAAUUACUUUGCAGACUAAUUAAAAAUAACCAAUACAAAGUUAAAUUUCCAAUGUGUUUUAAUGUUGGACUAUUGCUUCUAUUAUAAAUCUAUAAAAUGGUGGGGAGUUUAAAAUGGCUUCUGCACAUGUCUAGUAAACAAUUCUAUUUCUGUAUCUCAGACAAAUAUUGUCAUUUGCAAGCUGCUUUGUUUUAUUACAAAACUGACAGGCUUUUAAAAAUGAAUGUGUUACAGUUCUAAAAUGUCUGAAAUUUUCUAGAAUUAUUGUUUCAAAUAAUGAUGAAAAUGUACAAAUGGUGGCCUUUUUACUGAGAAAUAUUAUGGGGAAUGGGAUUGGAGAACUCUAGAACUCAGACUUACAAAGAAGUAUUACUGUAAAAUUCAUGUUACCAGUACAUACUUUUAAAGGAAUCAAAAAGAAUCCAAGGAGAAGAAAAAUUGAAAUGGAAACUUUAAGGGCUUAGAUAUCUAUGUUGUUCACUUGGUAAGCCAUUACUGUCUUGCAUAAAACAAACAAAUCCUGGGAAAUCUUCAUAGUUACUCAUAAAACAUUAAAAAAAAAAGUCUAACAGGUAAUACAUAUAUACCCAUUCCCCAUGUACAUGUAAUCAGUUGUUCAAGUAAGAACAGUACUUAAUGCAUUCGAACUGGCCCAGUCCAAAUAUUCAAUUCUUUAGUUUCAAAUUAGUAGCUUCCUUGUGUUGUAUCCAGGUUUGCAUCUUAAAAGCAUGAGCUGUCUUGCAAUAAACUUUUUUUUAACCUGCAUACACACAUUUUGCCUUAUUUGCAUUUCAGACAUGGAGGGAAUGCUUUAGUAUUUAACCUGCCAUAGUCACCUCCUUCCCCAAUUCAGAAUGUUAAAGUACGUGUGACUUUUCAACUGCUUUUACCAAAUCAAAAUGUUUUUACUGUAUUUUCUUCGUUAAGAAAAGCAAAUAAUUGUUACUACACUUAAAUAUUUUUUUUAAACACACCACCCCUACCCCCAGUAUAGCCACUGUGUGAAUUCAGGAGGGGAAACUUAUAAAAGGGUUUGAACAGAAAGGGAUGUAAUAUUUAAAUGCCACUGUGCAAAAAAAAAAAAAAAAAAAAAAAAAAAAAAAAAAAGGGAGAAAAACCUUGAUAUUGUCUUUAAAGCAUGCAAGAAGCAUUGACAAAAUUUUAUUUUUUGCUACAUGAAACCCUAUGUGUACGAAACAGUGUAGAGAUAGGAUUUUGUAAGGGAAUAAUUUUUUCAUCUCUUGCCUAAUAGUUGUGUAUUUUAGAAAUCAUUUUCAGUAAUAGAUUUUUCGUCUUGAGACUCUGCUUUCAGUAUCAUGUCUUUGGCUCUGGAUUCCUAUACAAUUUUUGUCUAUUUUGUGUAUAUAAAGCAUCUAAUACUGAAAAGAUUUAAAAAAGGAAAGCUGAAAUGCUUUGUCAUUGUUUUGACUGGAAAAUGGCAGUGCUGGGCUGUUUGAUAUUUUGAAAAUGUUUUCUAAAUAGGCACGAAUAUAUAUGGUUGUAUUUGAUAUCAAUUUUUUAAAUAAAUAUGAUUAUAGCUUCUAAUGUUUCUCUC